CCACGUUUCUCGCGAACGAUGAAAGUUAUUCCAGCUAUUCUGCUUCUGGCAGGAUUUUGUGUCGCACAACCGUACGAAUCCAACACAAUUGAAGGGAAUUCCGUCGACUAUUGUGGGCCAGAGUGCUUUGAGAAGCUGAAGCCCCUGCUCGACCAUGCAGUAGAUAUGAAGCACCGUGGCGAAGAAUAUGGCGCACAGAUCGCGAACGUAAACCAACAAAUAGUGGAGCUUCGCCGUAUAGUGGAUUCUCUGAGCAAAGACAUCGAAGAGCUUAAGAACGACCACCCAAUUGGAAGAGAUUCCACUACCACUACUACCACCACUCCCACAACAGCCACGAAUGCUUCACUGCCCACCAAGUGUGCAACCUAUGAGGAGUCCGGAAUUCAUCAAAUUCAAGUACCCGGCACGGAUCCGUUCCUGGUGUACUGCGAAAUGGAGCAGAUGGACGAACCAGCCUGGGUUGUCGUAUUGAGACGCACCAAUGGAGACCAGCUGGACUUUCACAGGAACUGGGAGAGCUAUCGCAACGGCUUCGGGGACCUGUCCGGCGAUCACUUCUUGGGUCUCGAGAAGCUGUACAGUCUGACAAGGUCCGUGCCCUACGAGCUGCUCAUAAAGCUCACAGAUUUCAACGGCAACGAGCGAUAUGCUCUCUACAGUAAUAUAAGGAUUGGAAAUGAGCAAGAGAAAUAUAAGCUCAAAACCUUGGGUGGCUACUCAGGAGAUGCCGGGCAGGCAAUGGGCUACCAUAUAGGCAAUGAGUUUACAACCUUCGAUAUGGACAACGAUGGAUGGAGCGAAGGGAACUGUGCCGAUUUCUAUCAGGGAGCCUGGUGGUAUGGCUGGGACGCCAAUAGCAAUCUGAUGGGUCAAUACUACCGUUACGAAAGAGACGACAGAACCAGCAUCUGGUGGUACACCUGGAAGGGCUAUGCUGCGCUGAAAUCAGUCGAAAUGAUGAUUCGUCCAUCGUACACUUUGAUGCUCGACUAAAAAAGCGCUGUGAGGGGAUUAUACAAAAAAUUCCAACAUUUUUGAAAGAAACGAGCAAAUAUACGUAGUUGGUUGGUUGGGCGUUGAACAACUUUGCGCAAUCCAUAA